CCUUCCAUAUUAGCAACUUUAAGCGUCCAUAGCAGCUGUGGCCGCUGAGAUGUACGAACUUCCGGUUGUUGCGGGCUCCGCGGCAGGCACUGCCUUCUCUUGCCACCUGCCGUCAGGGGCCUUGGCUCCGGGUCUGGCCAGCGCUUCCUCCCCAGACGCGCCCAUGUUCUCACGCGCAGCCGGCGUGGCGGGCCCGGCGGCGCCCGCGUGGUGAGAGGGCGGCCCGGGGACUAUGCCGGCCCAGCGCUGCCGCGAAGGCGCCGGACUUGGCGGCCCGGAGGGCGGCAAUGGCAGCAGCCCCGGGGCGGGGCUCGCGGCGGACGGUCCUGGCGGGAAGGCCGGGGAAGCCUCCGAGGGGGGCGGCCUGGCCGUGAGCCCCAACCCCGGCGACAAGCCCAUGACCCAGCGGGCCCUGACCGUGUUGAUGGUGGUGAGCGGCGCGGUGCUGGUGUACUUCGUGGUCAGGACGGUCAGGAUGCGAAGGAGAAACCGAAAGACAAGGAGGUACGGAGUUUUGGACACUAACAUAGAAAACAUGGAAUUGACACCCUUGGAGCAAGAUGAUGAGGAUGAUGAUAACACUUUGUUUGAUGCCAAUCAUCCUAGAAGAUAAGAAUGUGCCUUUUGAUGAGAAGACUUCAUCUUUCUACCACGAAGAGCAGAGUUUCUAUGUUUAAGGAAUAAGAAGCCACUGUAUAAAUAAGGGAGUGGGUAUUUAAGUUACAUACAUUAUGACCUUUAAUUUUUUUGUUUCUGCAAUAAAUGCCAUACUUUGUUAUUAUAUUUUGUACAGAAGUGCUCUGUUAAUGGGCUUACUGUUGUUAGGGAUCAACUGUAAUGUAACAGUUUAUCUGAAAAUUUCUUUAAAAGAGAGGGUUUUUUUUCCCUCAUGAGUUUUUGUUUCUUGCUUACAAUAUUGUAAAUUGUUUAUGUACUAAUCAGUUAAUGUUAUUUUUGUUGGUAUCAUAUUUUAAAGAACCAUAAAACCUAACAACAGUCUAGUAUGUAAAAGUAAUUAAACCGUCCUUUACUGAAAUAUAUUUCCCAUUUCUGUGGGGAAAAGAAGCCAAAUUUAUUGUGUUGUUAUGGAUUUUUAAAAUAUUAAUAAAUGAGUUUGCAAUGCAAUACAA